UAUCAGUGGCAUCACAUAUCUCCGAGGUGGUCUUGAACUCGGACCAUUUCUCAGUUCUCCAGUGGUUGUGGGCCGCACAAUUUGCUCUCAACUCCCUAAGCUUCUCUUCUUUUCCUCUCUCCGGUCUUCCUUUCCGUUUCCCGCCGGAAUUCGGAUGGCGGAGAAACAGCUGAUCGUCGCCGUCGAAGGCACCGCCGCCAUGGGCCCCUACUGGCCCACCGUUCUCUCCGAUUACCUCGAGAAGAUCGUCAGGUGUUUCUAUGGGAAUGAGUUGGUUGGGCAGAAGACAUCUAACUCUAACGUUGAGCUUGCCCUGGUCACAUUCAACACUCAUGGAUCCUAUUGCGGUUGUCUAGUGCAGCGGAGUGGCUGGACCAGAGACAUUGAUAAUUAUUUGCAGUGGCUUUCAGCCAUACCUUUUUCUGGUGGUGGUUUUAAUGAUGCUGCAAUUGCGGAAGGGCUUUCUGAAGCUCUAAUGAUGUUUCCCUCUAUGCAAAAUGGAAAUCAGAGUCAACCAAAUAUGGAUUGUCAAAGGCAUUGUAUUCUUAUUUCUGCAAGUAACCCUCACCCCCUGUCCACUCCUGUCUUUCGACCACAAGUGCAAAACUUAGAACAGAGUGAAAAUAUUGAUGGACAAACAGAAAACCGUCUAUCUGACGCUGAGACCAUUGCUAAAUCAUUUGCUCAGUGCUUGGUUUCUCUGUCAGUCAUUUCUCCAAAGCAGCUUCCUAAGCUUCGAGCAAUAUACAAUGCGGGAAAGUGCAAUCCCCGAGCAAACGAUCCUCCUAUAGAUAAUGCAAAAAACCCUUAUUUUCUUGUUCUACUGUCUGAGAAUUUUUUGGAGGCUCGUGCUGCUUUCAGAGUUCCAAGUUUGCCAUCAAAUCAGAGUCCUGUAAAAAUGGACAUGGCUUCUGUUCCUUCUGUUACGGGGCCACCUCCAACUUCUAUGCCAUCAGUGAAUGGAUCUGUUAUGAACCGGCAACCAAUUUCUGUUGGAAACAUGCCUCCUGCUACUGUAAAAGUGGAGCCAAGUACUGUAAGUUCCAUGGUUUCUGGACCCACUUUUCCACACAUUCAGUCUGUUGUUCGUGCUGCUUCCCAAGGAGUCCCGUUGCAGACUUCUUCACCAUCUUGUUCUCAAGACAUGAUCUCAAACAAUGAGAAUGGGCCAGAUUUGAAACCUAUAGUGAGUAGUCUAUCACAACCGCUGCGUCCUGUGGGACCUGCCCCUGCAAAUGUGAACAUCCUAAACAAUCUGUCGGCAAAACGUCAAGUCAUAAACUCUGCAGCCUUACCUAUGGGUCAAACUCCUAUUGGAAUGCACAUGUCAAACAUGAUAUCUAGUGGAAUGGCAUCUUCUACACCUGCUCAAAACACAUUGCCAUCUGGUCAACCAGCGAUAACAUCAUUACCUGGGUCUGGGCCUCUGACACAGGUUACGCAAACCCCUGGUCUUAGUACAUUCAGUGCAGCUACUUCAAAUGUGUCUGGAAAUUCAAACAUUGGGGUCUCUCAACCGAUGAAUAAUCUCCAAGGAGGUGUUAGUAUGGGUCAGUCUGUACCUACCAUGAGCCAAGGAAAUAUCUCAGGUGCACAAAUGGUGCAAACUGGAAUGGGCAUGAAUCAAAACAUGAUAAGCGGCCUUGGUCAAUCUGUUGUCUCUUCUGGAACUGGCACAAUGAUGCCUACUCCUGGAAUGUCUCAGCAAGUACAAUCCGGGAUGCAGCCGCUUGGUGUAAACAACAAUUCUGCAGCUAGCAUCCCAAUGUCACAACAGGCUUCAACUGCUCCUCAAGCAUCCAAAUAUGUGAAAGUCUGGGAGGGAAAUUUAUCAGGGCAGAGACAAGGACAACCUGUAUUUAUCACCAGAUUGGAAGGCUACAGGAAUGCUACGGCUUCUGAGACACUCGCAGCAAAUUGGCCAGCGACGAUGCAAAUUGUUAGGCUUAUAUCUCAAGACCACAUGAAUAACAAGCAAUAUGUUGGAAAAGCAGAUUUUCUAGUUUUUCGGGCAAUGAAUCAGCAUGGGUUUCUUGGUCAGUUGCAGGAAAAAAAGCUUUGUGCAGUCAUCCAACUACCGUCCCAGACGCUGCUGCUAUCUGUUUCUGACAAAGCUUACCGCUUGAUUGGAAUGCUUUUCCCUGGGGACAUGGUCGUUUUUAAGCCACAAAUAUCUCAGCAGCAGCAACAACAGCAACAGAUGCAACAACAGCAACAAAUGCAACAACAACAACAACAUCCUCAGCUACAACAACAUCCCCAGUUGCAGCAACAACAACAGCUUCCUCAACUUCAACAACAGCAGCAACUUCCUCAACUGCAACAACAGCAGCAGCUUCCUCAACUACAACAGCAGCAGCAGCUUCCCCAACUACAACCACAACAGAUGCCGCAAUUACAACCGCAGCAGCAACAGCAGCUUCCCCAACUGCAACAGCAGCAGCAAAUGCCGCAAUUACAACAACCACAACAACUUCCGCCAUUGCAACAGCAGCAACAAAUGUCGCAAUUGCAACAACAGCAACCACUUCCGCAGCUGCAACAACAACAGAAUCAGCUGUCAGGACUUCAAACGCAGCAGCAACAGCUUCCUCAACUUCAACAGCUGCAGCAAAUGCAGCAACAACAACAAAUUCCACCGCAACAACAGAUGGUAGGUACAGGAAUGGGUCAAGCUUAUGUUCAAGGUCCGGGUCGGUCACAGUUGGUUUCACAGGGACAAGCUUCGUCGCAAGUCCCACCUACCAUGCCUGGAGGCUUUAUGAGUUAAGAGCUGCUCGUUUAAGCAGGAAGGAAAAAGAGUGUCAAUAGAUUGUUAGGAAAUUAUCCUGAAAGGAACUCCGUUUAGAAGGUCAUAUAGGACCACUAAAAGCAGUAAUUAUCUCAUCUUUGAACAACUAGUCAGUUUAUGGAUAGAAUUUGUCCCUAAUUGGACAGUAACUUAUAUAAGAAAAAUAAUCCUAGAAAAGAUUGUCAGAUUUUUUAUGGUCACCAAAACUUAUUGAUAGAAUCAUUGUCUAAGUGCAUAAAAAUUUAGCUAUCAUUGCAUUGUGCUGAUCAGCUGAUACAAAGAAAUA